AUGGAUUCGGACAGUAGUGCUGCAGAUCCUUUCGAAAACGAGAGCAGCGUUGAAAUUGUUCCGGAUUCCGACGAAAGCACCGAAUCCACACCUGACUCGCAAAAUGAUAAAAGAUCUUCUAGAAGUAGAGAACGCCAGAGAUAUGAAUGGAAGCGAGAGGCUCAGAAGAAGGCACGCAAUUUUGGCCAAACCUAUGUUACUAGUAAAGGGAAGGUUCUUGCUGAAAAGAAGUUUUCCGCUAACUUUGAAUGCAAAUGUCGAAAAAAAUGUGCAAAUAACAUACAAGAGGCCUUACGCAAGACUUUGUUUAAAAACUUUUGGGACAUGGGAUCGUUUCAAACUCAAAACGCGUAUCUAUGUGGCCUAGUGCAGCAGACAUUACCUUCUAACAGACGCCCAAGAAAUUCUUCAAGACCGCCCAAGCAGAAGAUUAACCAUUACCGUUUCCAGGUAGAAGGAAAUAGUGUAAUCGUUUGCAAAAAAUUUUUCCUAAAUACUUUACAAAUUUCUGAUGGGAGGCUAACUCGAGCUCUAAACAAGGUAAUGCUUGGAAAGCCUGCUGGGUCUGAUGACCGUGGACGACGAGCUCCAAAAAAUAAAACUUCUGUAGAGCAAAUGAACGAACUUCUCAAUCAUAUCAAUUCAUUUCCUUCAUACCAAUCCCAUUACACCAGGGCUCAUAACCCCAACAGACGCUACCUAGCAGAAAAUUUAAAUUUGCGCACAAUGUACAACCUGUACUUGGAACAUUGCUUGCAGGAAAAUUUGCGGCCAGUAAAAGAAGCCACUUACAGACGUACGUUUAAUAAUUCUUUUAAUUUGCAUUUUCAUAAACCCUCCAAAGACACAUGCUCCAAAUGUGAUUCUUGGAAAGUAAAACUCGAAGCAUCGCAGAAUGAGCAAGAAAGAGCUACGAUCAAACAACAGCAUGAGUUACACCUAAGGAAGGCAGAAGCGGCCAGAGAAUCCUUGAAACGAGAUAAACUGAAGGCACAGCAAGAGGAAGGCUUUUAUGCAUUUACUUUCGACUUAGAAAAAGCCCUGCCAUUUCCAGUUAUAUCAACUUCACUGGCAUACUACAAAAGAAAUAUGUACGUAUACAACCUUGGUUGCCACGAAAUGGAAACUGAUCUAGGUUACAUGUACGUUUGGAAUGAGACGAUUGCUUCCAGGGGUUCUCAAGAAAUCGGUUCAUGUAUCUCCAAACACCUCCAGACUCGAGCUUCAACAUGCAAGCACGUUGUGGCCUAUAGCGAUGUAUGUACUGGACAAAAUCGUAACAUCAAAAUAGUGCUUUUUUUCAUGCAAUUAGUGAGCAGCGAAGCGAAUGAAAUUGACGUCAUAGAUCACAAAUUUAUGGUUAGCGGACAUUCAUUCUUACCAAAUGAUUCCGAUUAUGGUUCUGUGGAAACAUACGCCAGGAACAAAACCAUAUACGUUCCUGAAGACUGGUGUAAUAUAAUUACACAGUGUAGAAGACAUAAACCAUUCCACCUGACUAAAAUGUUCAGAAAAGAUUUCCAUUCAGUAGAGCUGUUGGAGAAAGCCAUAACUAGAAGAACGAAGAAUGAGGACAACCAGCCAGUUAAUUGGCUCAAAAUUCAACGGAUCAGAGUUGUGAAAGAAAAGCCUUACAUGGUAUUAUACAAAGAAACGCUUUCCGAAGACUUUCCAUUUGCAUAUAUAAAUCUAAAACCCAAAAAAGGUGGAAGACCUUCACUUCUUUCAAAUAUACCGACUACAGAUCUGUACUCUGAGACACGACCAGUGACAGCGGCAAAAAAAGGACAUGUUGGACCUUCUUCCACGGCGCCAAAUACGAACGAUACAACUCCAUUAAUGGAUAUUGAAGAGGAAGAAGGAACCGAACAUUAA